CGCCCUCGGGGGGAUGGAGGCAGCGGGAGGGGAGCGAGGGGCAGGCAGUCCCCGCUCAGCAGGUGGGGGAACUUGUCCCAGGCAGGAAGAGACCUGGAUUCCGCACCGGCUGGCAAGCUACAGCUGAGAAACGAGCCCUUUGUCCGAGGAGAAUCGGGAAGGGAAAUGGCUGCAGACGGCUCUGUUCAGGCCCUGGUCAUGUUUGACGAUGUUGCCAUCUAUUUCUGCAAGGAGGAGUGGGAGGAGCUCGCGGAAUGGCAGAAAGAGCUGUACAGAGACGUGAUGAGGGACAACUAUGAGACUUUGAUUUCCCUGGUGCCAGGCCAUGCAGCUACGAAACCUGCCCUUAUCUGGCUGAUAGAACGAGGGGAAGAGCCCUGUGCCCAGACUUGCCAGGCCUCGGGGGAAGGAGGCAGUUCUAGGUACAUUUCCUCAGCCGAUGAGCUCGUCUCAGGGACUAAGGACGAGGAGUCUCCGGAGAGGUUGGGUGAGCCACGAGGAGCCAGAGCGACUGCUUUCCCAGGCUGCGGCGGGGGUGUGGGCGAGGGGCAGCCUGCGUCAGAAGGACAGCAGGGGAAGCCAACAGGAAACCCACGUGGGGGAGCGAAUCGGUGUGGCAGAGGAUUCAAUGAAGUGGAAGAUGCCGCUGCCUCCCCGAGAACCCCCCCAGAGCAGAGGUUGCACUGCUGCAUGGAAUACAACGAACGCUUUCCUCACCCGUCGCAUGUAACCGCUCACUCCGGAGCCCAUGCUGGGGAGAGACCCUAUAAGUGCCCCACCUGCGAGAAGGAAUUCAGCCGGCGUGCACACCUUAUUCAGCAUCAGCAGGUGCACACGGCGGAGAGACCCUACAGCUGCCCCGAGUGCGGGAGGGGCUUCAGCCGCAGCGCUAAGCUUGUGGAGCACCAGAGACUCCACACGGGGGAGAGACCCUACGAAUGCCCCGAGUGCCAGAAAAGCUUCAGCCAGAGCUCCAGACUGAUCAAACACCAGAGAAUCCACACAGGGGAGAGGCCCUUCCAGUGCCCCAGGUGCGAGAAGAGCUUCGCAGAGAGCACGAGCAUGCUGCAGCAUUACAGAGUCCACACGGGGGAGAGGCCCUACACGUGCAGCUAUUGCCAGCAGAGCUUCAGCCGAGGCUCGCGGCUGGCGGAGCACCAGAGGGUCCACACUGGGAAAAAGCCCCAUCAGUGCGGCGAGUGCGGGAAGAGCUUCGGGAACCGCUCGACCCUCACCACCCACUACAGGACCCACACGAGUGAGAGGCCUUUCACGUGCGGCGAGUGCGGCAAGAGCUUCAAGCAGGGCUCGGCGCUGAUUGCACAUCGGAGGAGCCACACCGGAGAGAGGCCCUUUUCAUGCACAGAGUGUGAGAAAAGCUUUGCGCUGAGCUCUCACCUGAUCAAACACCAGAGAAUCCACACAGGGGAGCGACCCUUCCAGUGCCCCGAGUGUGAGAGGAGCUUCGUGCGGAACUCGCACCUCACUGAGCAUCGCCGGAUCCACACCGGGGAGAGACCCUACCAGUGUCCUGAAUGCAAGAGGAGCUUCCGCCGCAGCUCCCGGCUCAUUGAGCACCAGAGGCUCCACACUGGAGAGAGACCCUACAAAUGUCCCCAGUGCGAGAAGAGCUUCAGCCGCAGCUCGGCCCUCAGCGAUCACCGCCUCCGAGUCCACACGGAGGAGGGCGCUGCGGAGGAGGACAGCCCCUCCGAUCAGCCGAACGCCCUCGGAAGGGAAAGACGCUACCAGUGCGGCGAAUGCGAGAAGAGCUUCUUUCGGAGAUCCCGUCUUGUUGAACACCGCAGAGUCCACACAGGAGAGAGGCCCUUUAAGUGUCCCGAGUGCAAGAGAGGCUUCCGGUCCAGCACAACCCUUACCAAGCACUCCAGAACCCAUACAGGGGAAAAGCCUUACAAGUGUUCUGCAUGUGAGAAAUGCUUUGUCCACUGCUCCAAGCUGAUGGCACAUCAGAGGAGCCACACCGCAGAGAAACCCUUUAAAUGCAACGAGUGUGAGAAAAGCUUCACUCAGAAGUCGGGCCUCAUAGAUCAUCAAAGGAUCCACACGGGAGAAAAACCCUAUCGAUGUCCCACCUGUGAGAAAAGCUUCAGCCGGAGCUCGACACUCAUUCAGCAUCAGAAAAUCCACAUGACAGACAAGCCCUAUAAGUGUCCUGAGUGCGAGAGAGGCUUUAGACGACACGCACAUCUCAGAGAACACCAGAAAACCCACGCACCAUAGGAACUGGCUGCAUUUAACACUCAGAGCGAGCCGUUGAAGGCGGAUGUGUUCCUGUGACCCCGGAAAGGCAGCGUUUGGGAAGUGCCAUCUGCAUAACUGUAUUUUGGGACAGUCGGGAAAGAACAAGGAAAUUCCAUGCAAAGAACUAGUGCUCAGGGAAUGUUGAGGUUGAGAAAACAAGCUGUCCGAAGCCAGGCAAUGCAGAGUGAAGUGCGGCCUUACCUUUGUCCUCUUGUGCGUAUCCCUUUACAAACAGGAUUUCUCUGGAUUAUAAAAAGAUUUGCCAAUUAAUGUAACAGAUGAUGCAAACAAGAAUUUCAUAUGCAGCCCUACAGACAAUAUAUUAGAGUAUAGCAUAGCCGAGUCAACGGGGUUGGCUUGAUUUUUUUUUUUUUUUUUUAAGUCUCAAUGAGAACUGCAAGACAAGUGAAGUUUAAUGUUCAAUAACGACACAGUAGCAAAUAUUGUAAAUUGACUGGCACAGAGUGUGAAGUGACCAGGUGUUCGAGGUGAUCUCAGCGGCAGGGGCAUGAGAAUGAAGCCCUUACUCCUACUGUGGUGAAAUUCACUUCUCCGCAAAAGGCCAGUAUCAUGUACUCCCUAUAAGGGCUUUAGUGGUCCAUAAGCCAGGCACAGGCCUUCUGUAUGAGAUGAAUUUCACCAGCUGAAGACCCCAACACAUGAGUAGUAUGCCAAUGUGAAUGUUUGCACGAUCAGUUCCCGUAACAGGGCGGCAGUUCACGUCUAUUGGAACGUGCAAAAACCAGCCGAGUGCGUCCGGCUGACUCAUUGUGCUGCCGCAUGUCUGGUUAAUUUCCACCAAUGAUCUGGAAACCUGGGCACAGGGGACAAGGGAUGCAGCAGGUUCUGCCGGGAUUAUGCAGGCUUGAGGAAAAAGCUCAUGCUGAGGUUAUGGUUUAUUGUUGCAGCUACUUGUUAAAAAAAAAUUGCCAAACAUUUUUGGAUGGGAGAUAACGUAAUCUGGAACCAGACUUUCAGGGGAAAUUUGUUUUUCUUCCCUAAGUUUCUUUCUACACCUGAAACGUCUCUCUGCAGCCACCAGGACUAGAAACUUUUUUUUAAAAAAAAGUGAUAACUGAGAACCUCAGUUUAUAACCUGGUUCCAGCCAUUGGGCUUAGGAAAGGGACCAAAUAUUACAAGGCUUACAAUCUGGCAACACUGCUAGUCUCAGCUAAGGGGGUUCAAAACAUUUCCAUCAAGACUUUUUCCCCCCUCCCCAUAUGGAACAUUUUCAUUUAGGUGAAAACCCGAAGUGUUCGCUUUCCUUGAGCAUUUUUUUAAACUGGAAAACGUUCAGUUUUUGGAAGCUUUCAGCCAAAAAAUACGCAGUUUUUGACAAAGUCUAAAUUUUCUGGGGGAAAGUGAAAAAAAAUUAUCAACUUUUCAUGACAAAAAUCCCACGAAAGAGCGACCCACUGCUUGGUGCCUGAGCACGCAUAGCGGAGUUUCUUCUUCUCACUGCCCCUGUCAGCAGCCUUUCUGGACACCCAGUGGUUCCCUGCCUCCCACAAGUUAACCCUCCAGCUAGUUCACCCUUUCAGGUACCAAAUCCCAAGUCAAAACCACAGUCUCCGUAACUGUGGGACCCCUGCUUGGGCCCUCAGGCCUUCCCCUGGGAUUCUGAAAACACAGACAAAUCUAACAGUGUUUCCAGCCCCAGCAAACUCACCACCUUAGUCCAUUCCAGUCCCUUAGUCCUCACUACACCCUCUUUUGGGGCCACCACACCAAGAGUCUUCAUCUCCUGCAGCCGCUGUUUACUUCUGGCCUAGUUUUCCUACCUCCUGCAACCAUCCUCAGCCACUUUAGCCUCUUUCCAAGGGCUCAUGCCCCUCUGCCGUCAGGGCCCACUGCUAGCAUCCUCGUUCCUUCUGUCAGCCCCAGGACAUUCUCCUGGCUUUCACCUACCCGCUAUUGGGCUUCCUUCUUGAUAAUUUUGCCCUACCAGACACACCCCUUCCCCAGGUGCAGCAACAGCAGGGCUAAUUAAGGCCUUGUCUGCAUCUUUAACCCAUUCCUGAAUCUUACUCCCCUUACAUGGACUCCCUGGGAGCUGUGUGUGUGUGCGCGUGUGUGUGUGUGUGUGGGGGGAAAUUGACCCCACUCCCCCAUUCUGAGCAGCACUAGUCCAAGAUAGUACAGGAGGGUGACCCAGAUGCUCACCUAGUCACUUUGAAGUGGGUAGCUGCUGCAGCUCAGUGGGAGAAGGCAUCCUAGAAUAUCAUAGGACUAGAGGGGACCUCGAGAGGCAUCUAGUCCAGUCCCCUGCACUCAUGGGAGGACUAAGUAUUAUCUAGAUCAUUCCUGACAGGUGUUUGUCUAACCUGCUCUUAAAAAUCUCCAAUGACAGGGAUGCCACAGCCUCCCUGGGCAAUUUAUUCCAGUGCUUAACCACCCUGACAGUUAGGAAGUUUUUCCUAAUGUCCAACCUAAACCUCCUUUGCUGCAAUUUAAGCCCAUUGCUUCUUGUCCUACCCUCAGAGGUUAAAGAAAACUAUUUUUCUCCCUCCUUCUUGUAACAACCUUUUAUGUACUUGAAAACUAUGAUGUCCCCCCUCAGUCAUCUCUUUGAGACUUUGAAAAAAAAAUCAGAGGGGUAGCCGUGUUAGUCUGAAUCUGUAAAAAGCAACAGAGGCUUGCAUCUGAAGAAGUGAGGUUCUGACCCAUGAAAGCUUAUGCUCCCAGUACUUCUGUUAGUCUCAAAGGUGCCACAGGACCCUCUGUUGCUGAAAAAAAAAAAUGUUUUUUUUUUUUUUAAAUCUUCCCUCACAGGUCAUGUUUUCUAGACCUUUAAUCAUUUUUGUUGUUCUUCUCCAGACUUACUCCAAUUUGGCCACAUCUUUCCUGAAAUGUGGCACCCACAACUGGACACAAUACUCUAGUUGAGGCCUAAUCAGCGCAGAGUAGAGCGGAAGAAUGACUUCUCCUGUCUUGCUUACAACAGUCCUGCUGGUACAUCCCAGAAAGAUGUUUGCUUUUUUUUGCAACAGUGUUACACGGUUGACUCAUAUUUAGCUUGUGGUCCACUAUGACCCCUAGAUCCCUUUCCACAGUACUCCUUCCUAGGCAGUCAUUUCCCAUUUUCUAUGUAUGCAACUGAUUGUUCCUUCCUAAGUGGAGUACUUUGCAUUUGUCCGUAUUGAAUUUCAUCCUAUUUACUUCAGACUAUUUCUCCAGAUCAUUUUGAAUUUUAAUCCUAUCCUCCAAAGCACUUGCAACCCCGCCCAGCUUGGUAUUGUCUGUAAACUUUAUAAAUAUACUCUCUAUGCCAUUAUCUAAGUCACUGAUGAAGAUAUUGAACAGAACCAGACCCAGAACAGAUCCCUGUAGGACCCCACUCGUUAUGCCUUUCCAGCUUGACUAUGAACCACUGAUAACUACUAUCUGGGAGCAGUCUUCCAACUAGUUGUGCACCCACCUUAGAGUAGCUCCACCUAGGUUGUAUUUCCCUAGUUUGUUUCUGAGAUGGUGAUGCAAGACAGUAUCAAAAGCCUGGCUAAAGUCAGGCUAUAUCCAUCUGGCCACUUGGUGAUGGAUAAGUGUGAGAUCAUAGAGCAUCUCGGAACACCAGGAGCCUUUGAGAAUUGGGACUAGGUUCAACAUAUCCCAAUCCCCACCCAUCCCUUUCCCAUCCCAUGACCUCCUUUCAUUCCACUCGGUGAGUUUGUGUCAAUCACAUGGCUCAGGUUGGUGAAUUGUCCUUAUCCAGAGCUGCUUUGCAUAACAUAAAAGGAAUUCUGAGGCUGAUUGGUUCCUUAUUCAAAGGCCAAUUUGAUAGCAACGUCAACAUUUGGAAGUUAGGUCGGUUGAUUAAUCGCAGUUAACUCAGGUGAUUACCUCAAAAAAAUUAAUCAUGAUUAAUCACACUGUUAAACAAUAGAAUACCAAUUGAAAUUUAUACAUAGUUUUGGAUGUUUUUCUACAUUUUCAAAUAUAUUGAAUUCAAUACAACACAGAAUACAAAGGGUACAGUGCUCAAUUUAUAUUAUUUUUGAUUACAAAUAUCUGCAGUGUAAAAAUGAUAAACAACAGAAACAGUAUUUUUCAAUUCACCUCAUACAAGUACUGUACUGCAGUGCAAUCUCUAUCGUGAAAGUGCAACUUACAAACGCAGGUUUUUUGUUACGUAUUUAAUUAACGCAUUAUUUUUUUAACUAGUGUCUUCAGCAUGGAAGCACGUCCUCUGGAACGAUGGCAGAAGCAUGAAAGUUUAGGGCAUCUGGCAUGUAAAUAUCUUGUGACGCCGGCUACAACAGUUCCAUGCGAACGCCUGUUCUCACUUUCAGGUGACAUUGUAAUUAAGAAGUGGGCAGCAUUAUCUCCCGUAAAUGUAAACAAAUUUGUUUCUCUUAGCGGUUGGCUGAACAAGAAGUAGGACUGAGUGGACUUGUAGGCUCUAAAGUUUUACACUGUUUUUGAAUGCAGGGGUCAGGGCCGGCUCCAGGCACCAGGCAACCAAGCACAUGCUUGGGGCGGCACCUGGUUAGGGGCGGCCAAUCUUGAUGUGGCGGGGGGC